GUCUGCUGUCAACCCAUAGACAAGAUGGCAGCCAGUGAGCCAAAGGGUCAAAUUAAGAACCAGGCCAGAUUGCAGCCCCUGUCCAACCCAGAGCAGGCCCUGACUAAGACCUUCAAGCUGCUCCACUCUGCCUCUGAUGACUGGGAGAAGAAGAUCGAGGGCUUGACCUCUCUCCGUGUGAUGGCUCAGAACCACAUGGACAUACUGAUGCCUAAACUCCAUGAUAUCUGCCUUGCCAUUAUAAAUGAGGUGAAGAACCUGCGCUCUGCAGUGUCCUGUGCUGCCAUGGCCACACUGGGUGACAUGUACGUCCACCUCCAGAGGGCCAUGGACAGUGAGGUGGAGGGGACGGCACGCGUGCUGCUGCACAAAGCCAGCGAGGCCAACGCCUUCAUCCGGCAGGGCGCCAACUUUGCCCUGGGUCACAUGGUGCAGAGCUGCACCCCUACCCGUGUCAUGAAUGCCCUGCUGGUCGGUGGGCUGAGGUAAAGAGGGAGAGGGGUCAAUUAACACUCACUAAGGGGUAGAUCCGGACUUCCACAAAUAUCCCAUUAUCCAAGCCUCAAAAUUGAGAAGAUUGAAAUACUGCUAGUUUUUAAUGAACUGCCUUUUUCAUCAGCAUGCUAGGUUAUUCCACAACACUUCCGGCAGCAACUCACCCCAACGCUAGACGUCACAUUUGAAUGGAAUCACAUUUUUUUGUUAUGUCUUAUACUUCCUUGUGUUGUGUACUUCUUAUUUUACCAUUGCGUUAUUUAGAUUAUUUUUAGCCAUUGGUGGAGAGGUACUGUCUACUGAUGUGUGCUAGCCUUUGGGGAGUAACAAGUCAUUUAUAA